AUGGGUUUCACGACUGGCCUCGUAAGUCUUCAUCCGAACAGAAAAACAAAUGUGUCGACACUGACCAACUCGCUCGCAGCUUGGAGGCUUCACCCUAACCGCCUCAGUCAUCUACCUCUCAAUGCGCCUACAUACACAAAACAGAGUCUACCAAUCUUCACUACUCCACCAACAAGCAAUCGUACUAGACAACAUCAUCGCUCCUAGACCGCCACAGCCUCCGCCCACAUCGAGAGAAGUUCAAGCUGGACUUUGGGAGACAGCGAAGGACAAGUGGAAUGCCGAAUUAGAGAGUAACGUGAAGAAACUACAGACCACCGACUGGGCAGGUAUGUUAUCAAGAGCUGAAGAUAUUGCGGGAUUUCAACAGAUUGUGCUGACAGAUCAUGCACAGCCGUCCGGGAAAGAUUAGAAGAGAACGUGAGCACGCUCUACCAGAAAGCAUUCAAGAGUGGACGAGAAGGCGUCGAAUUUGGCGUCGAAAAGACAAAAGAGGGCAUCGAUACUGGUAUCAGAAACGCGAGCGACCGUGUGCAAGCUGAAGCGGAAAAGGCGAGAGCAGCGACCAGAUAAUGCGACCAGGAGACAGACCGCCAGGAGCGACGCGUGUGGAGGCUUCGGUGGGAAAGACUGCAUUCGGAGGAUAGUAAGAUACCCAUUACAAGAGAACAUUAGCACAGUGCCACGUCUCUUUGGAGUACGGAGCUGCCGCAAUCAUGUUGACCGACGAGUAGUCUUGGCAUUUGCAUGUGAAGCACAUUUCUUGCCUAGGGCACCAAUUGGCUUGCUGGCGAAUUCAGAGCCAGAGAGUCCCUUCAUUCUAAGCUCAAGACCAGCAUGCCGAAUUGAGAGCCAGAGAGCCCUGUUCAUCUCAAGCUCCUGAUUGUCCAACGUUUCACAAGACCAAUCCAAACUGAUCGCUGACCAGUCACGGAAGGCCGAUAUCGGCUCUACUCACUGCAUACAAUUACCACAGGGCGUGUGGCUUGACAACAUAUCCAUAGGGCGUACGUACACCAACUACAAGCAUCACUCACCCCAAAUACAAAGCCUACAUGUAGUCAGCAGGGCUAGCAUUAAUAAUGCCCAUCCGGUGCUGACAGUUCCCGCAGGGGUCGUAUAUAGGCUCGGUAGAAUGCCUCAGCACUCGCGGAUCUAUCUUCAAGACAUCAAGUCAGUAGAGCAUUCUUCUUCAACUCCAUACCAUUUGCAAAGUCACAAUCACCGUCAAAACUCUCCACCACAACAACAACUGCCAGCCGCUCUUUUCAGACUCCUCACGCCACAUUCACAUCGCCACUUGAAGAAGCCCAGCCUCGUUCGCUCUCCAAAUCUCUCCAACCCCGAGGAAGAAGAGAGCCAAACAGAAAAACGCAAAAUCAAAAAAUGACUCAACCAAGUCCCACCACAUCAACAUCCAAGACCCCCGAACAAGAAGAAGCAGCGCACUUCCAACGCCUCAAACAAGACUGGGAAAUGCUGGGAUCCGAAGAACUCGUCCAGAGUCCCGAUACGGCGGCAACGACAAGAUUGCAAAAGGCCAAAGCCAAAGUCAGGUCUUGCGGUGCCGCGUAUCGGAAAUUUCAGGAGGUCGUGGUUGCGAUUGCGGGUUGAUGAUGAUGAUGAUGAUGAUGAAAAGAAACAUAUGGGAAUCAUGGUUGGGGGCGUCUGCGGCGUCUGGGGAUCUUCUGGUGUUUGUUCUUUUGGGAGUGGGAUGGGAUGGGGAGGGAAGGGAAAGGAAUUGGGAUUGGAAUUGAAAUGGAAUCAUGAGAAGACGAGGAUUGGGACUUGUGACUUUUGAAUUCUUGCGUAGCGAGAGUAAUGCGUUUCGCAGGAGAUAUUACUAGUGAUGGAAGAGGGCUUGGAUAGAAUCACUUAAAAAACAUAGCCUAAUACCAUGAAUCCUAACAAGAUCCCAAGAGCUAAAUAUCCCUACUUCAUAAACACAUGCUCCAAAAACUAAACUUCCACCCUCCUCGUAUAUAACCCCUAAGCCUUGUCCUCUUCACUCGUACCUCCCAUCCCCCCCCACCCCGACUCUCUCUCUCUCUCUCUCAACCUCAAAUCUCUCCCUCUUCAUCCCCGCCAUCAACUCCCUAACAGCUUCCCUCCGCCUCCUAUAAACCUCACACGCAGCAUCCAACUCCCUAGCCGCCCGACAAGCCGCUCCAGCAUCGGCGCACCAGAGCCCGCACACCGUGCAUUUGCCGAUUCCAUUUCGCUCUACUCAGGGCCAUGAGAUGGUGCAGAUAGGGGAAGACCCGCACAGCCUUUCCUUUGCAGAUUCCAUUUCGCUCUGCAGAGCGAUGAGGUGGUGCAGAUAGGGGGGAGAGUGCUUCUUGGCGGAUGAGCUGGCAGGUCGAGAGGAUGGGUGGUGGGGGAGACGGGGCUGGCGGGGAGAAGAGAGGAAGUCGUAGAUCGAGAGUCGAAGUUCCGGGGGGGAGGGCAAGCAGGUUUUGGAUAUGGUUGUUGUUGUUGUCGUCGUGGUGAUUUCGAUCUCCCGCCUGAAAGUGUGUCGAAGGGGUAGAUGGUGGUCGUAGUGCCGCCUUGCAUGAUGAUUCAUCUCAUCUCAUUGGAAAAGAUAAAAACGCCAGAAAUCCAAUCCCGACAGGGCCGUGUUUCUCCACGCUUCAUGUGGAGAGAUAUAACUUAUACAGUAGGACAAAAGAGACGUCAAAAGAUCGCCGACAAGUUGGCCGUGCGAUAAUAUCAACCAACGAACGAAUCACAAGCAACGACUGUGGCUGAUGCGUGUAGUCUUGCCACGGCCAUCUAGAUUCCUCCUUUUUUUAAAAAAAAAACCCCCCCCGUGGCAAGCGAAGAGCCGCAUUAACAACAAAAAAACGACCAGAAAAAGUCAGUCAGCGGCGCCAUACCUCCCAGUCGCAAAAGAAUCCUAGCUAGAAUCAGAUGUACACCAAAGCAGCCUAUCUACCACGCAGCCAGAAAGAAAAACGUCGUGUACCAACAACCGUCGGCAACGUCUCGCAAGAAUCAGUACAAACCGACGGACGGCGAAAGCGUUCAUCAUCAGGCAUAGAUAGGGUGGCAAUCCCAAGCAGAAAAUGUCUCAUCAGGAAUAAGAAUAAUAAUAACACCGAACCAAGAAACCAAGAACAA